UUCGGGACGCGUAAACAGAAAACUGUUUUUUCGGUGUUUGGUGAAGAUAUUUCUCAUAAAAAUUGUAGAAAAUCGUUGUAUUUCGCGUAAUUUAGUGUAAUUUCUUGGUCGUAACGAUAUUUCGCUGGGUAUCGCGCAAUUUCGGUUGAAUUUCAAGUGAUUUUCGGCCGGUUUUAAAGUGUUUUUUUUCUCGUUUGUUGAUGUUUUCGUUCGUCGGUCAAAUUUGCGUCGUCGCGUUUCGGUAUUCCGAUCGAUUUUAAUUUUGUUUGUAAAUUUAAGGGGGAAUUAAAUCGUGUUACGAUUUUUUUGAUUUAAAAUGCCGCCAAGAAAAAAGUCAACGAGCAGCACGGAAUCAAGCAGCGGAAGCUCUUCGGAUUCCAGUUCCAGCGAUAGCAGCUCGAGCGGAAGCGAUUCUGGAAGUUCUAGCAGUGAGAGCGACUCGUCCAGCUCGCAGGAAACGACUACGGCAAGAACUAGCAACACCAACUCAAGCGCCAAUACUCCCAAAGCCAACGAGAAGGUCGUUCGCCGUCGCAGCUCGGAAGUGGCCAACAAUGCAUCCGGAGCCGCAUCCAAAACAUCAGCCUCAUCCGGAACCGUCAAGGAGGUGGACAAGGCCAGCGCAACCGCCAAAGUGAUCGCCCAAAAGCAGCAGAAACUCUCGAAAAGUUCCGUUUCCUCCAGCGAUGAAGAUUCCUCGCCGGAAAGCAAACCGGUCGUCCAGAAAAAGGUUCAGCAAGCGGAAGCCGCCAAAAAGAAGGCCCAGGAAAAGCAACCUGCCCAACAAGCACCAGUCGCUCCCCCAAUAACCGGCGGAAAGGUCCCUCCCUCCGUGAUCAAACAGCAACAGCAAGCUCACCAUCACCAGCAGCAAUCUCAACCGAAAUCCGCCCCUAUUACGAAGGGAGCGGCCAAAUCCGCCGGCGUUGGCGCCAAAGAACCGCCCAAAAUUACCCCUCCGAUAGCGAAAAAGGGUGGCGGUCCCAAUCCGGCGGCCUCUUCAGCACCGUCCACAAAGGCGAAGAAGAAGAGCAUCUUUUCGCCGGUCAAUUCUUCCGAGUCGGAAGAUGAGAAGGAAAAGCAACCGCAGAAGGACCGGAGGCCAUCGGCCGGAGGAGCCACGGCCAGUGUGGCGCCGAUGAGUUCCGUGACGGAGGGAAAGGCAACGGCGGGAGGAAAGGUUGCGACCGCGCAGAAAUCUGGCAAGGAAGGGACGGCUGCGGCUGGGAAGGAGACGAGCAUGGAAAGUGCCGGAAGUCAGCAGCAGCAGAAUCAACAGAGGGGUCGUGGCCGCCCUCGCAAAACCCCUGCCACAGGUGGCAGUACCGGAAGCAGCAGCACCAGCACCAGCACAACUACCACCGCAACGACCACUAGUACAACCGGUCCGGUUACCAAACCAGUGGCCCUGGUCAAACCACACGUAGUGUCAUCCACUCUUGCAACCGGUUCCAAAUCAAGCUCUACAACCUCAUCAACCCAACGCCAAACUUCCUCUCAAUCGGCACAAAAACCGCCAGAAGAGGACAUUUCCUCCGCCACCUCCACUUCAACGGAUUCUUCCUCCGGAUCCGGCUCUUCGGACAGCGAUUCCGAUUCCUCAGAAGACUCGACUCCAUCGAAUUCAGCCAACACGGCCGCGACGUCCGCAGCCGCGCAAGAGCUCAAGAAGAGCAACGCCAACAUGAAGCGUCCGCUGGAAAGGACCCCGCAGAAAGGGAGCGGAGACGGGAAGGACGGUGGCGGAAGUGACAGUGAGGGCGAGGGGACGAAGCAGACGCGCAAGUUGACGAGGUCGUCGAGUACGCGCAAGUCGAAGCAUCUGCUGGGGAAGAAUGCUUCGGAGACGGAAUCGGACGGGGACAGUGUGAAGAGGUCGGCGUCCAAGAGUCCGGUGAAGAAGGCGCCGAUUGUGCCGACGAAGGGCAAGGCGAAGAACAGUAGCAAGAAGAAGGACGCUGUGGUGAAGGAGUUGAUGCAGGUCGAGGAACCGGAACCAGUUGAAAACCGCUGCCCUCUGGUAGCCUGCGACACGCUAGGCCACCUCGGUGGUCAGUUCGAGCGGCACUACACGCUGGAAGCGUGCCCAAUGUUCCACAACAUGUCCUCCCAGCACACCAAGGAUGCCCUCCAGGAGCGCAAACGUCGCGAAGAGGAACGCAAAAAGUGCACCCCGGUCUACGAGGGCUCCAAGAAGAUCCAAACGCCGGACCAGAAGGCCUACCUCCAGAAAAUCCGCGACAUCCGGCUCAAGUUCAAACCGAACCCACCCCCGAUGGAGAAGCCCCGACCCAUGUCCGAACGGGACGAGAAUGAGAUUGACUUGGAACCCAAGCUGGAGGGAAUCGUCCCCGACUACGAUCUGCAGCUGUUCCGGGAGGCGCAAGCCGCCGCCAGUGAGUGCAUGGAGAACGAACUGCGCGAGUUGGUCACGGGCAAGGGAACGCGGUUCAUCUCGAUGGGACGGCACAUCAUGCAGGUCUGGUACCAGAGUCCGUACCCGGACGAUGUGGCCCGGCUGCCGAAGCUGUACCUGUGCGAGUUUUGUUUGCGGUACCAAAAGUCCGAGGUCGGCAUGAAGCGGCACGCGGCCAAGUGCGUGUGGCGGCAUCCGCCGGGCGAUGAGAUCUACCGGAAGGGUAAGCUGGGUGUGUGGCAGGUUGACGGUAAGCGGCACAAGCAGUACUGUCAGCAUCUGUGCCUGCUGGCCAAGUUCUUCCUAGACCACAAGACGCUGUACUACGACGUGGAGCCGUUUCUGUUCUACGUGAUGACGCUGGCGGAUAGCGACGGGUGCCACACGGUGGGGUACUUCAGCAAGGAAAAGAACUCCUUCCUCAACUACAACGUGUCCUGCAUUCUGACGUUACCCCCGUACCAGCGCAAGGGUUACGGUCGGCUGCUAAUAGAUUUCAGUAAGCAUGACAGACACACUGAUGCCAUCUACUAUCAGGUUAAAAUUUAAAUGGCUCAUAACUAAUGAUGGUAUUGUAUAUAAAAAAAACCCGAAUUUUUAUCAAAAUUGUUGAAAAUGUGCAAAAAACUGUUUUUUACGGAGAUGCGGUGUGUGCAUCGUUUGAACUAAACUAUGAUUCUGGUUUUAAUGUUUUAAAGACUUUUUGAAGUUUUAAAAUGAUUCAAUUGCUUUCAAUAGCUAUCCUGAAUUGUGC